UCCAGCAGCUGCCUCCACGACCCCGUGUGGAACCAUGCGACUCGCCCUGCUGUGCGGGCUGCUGGCCAUGGCUGGCACAACUCCCACUCUGGGUGGGCUCCUGAAUCUGAACAAGAUGGUCAGAUACGUGACUGGGAAGUCCCCUGUCCUCAACUACUUUCCCUACGCCUGUCACUGUGGAUUGGGUGGCAAAGGGCAGCCCAAAGACGCCACGGACUGGUGCUGCCAGAAACACGAUUGCUGCUACGCCCACCUGCAGACCCACAAAUGCAAGACCCUGACGGACGGCUACAAGUUCACCUUUUCCCAGGGAGAAGUCCAAUGUUCUGACAAGGGGAGCUGGUGUGAGCAGCAGCUGUGCGCCUGUGACAAGGAGGUGGCCUUGUGCCUCAAGCGCAACCUGGACACCUACAACAAGAGCCUUCGUUACUACUGGAGGCCCCGCUGCCAAGGUGCCAAACCUCUGUGCUGAGGGAGGCCUGCCCCGAGCGGCCCUCACGCCAGUGCACCUGGAGCUCG